UAGAAGAAUUUGAAAUCUUGCUGGGAUUCGGGAGUGCUGGUGUUGGACGGACGGGGGAGAGGAGGGGAGAUGCGCGGCUCUCCCUGACUUACCGGCAGGACUCAGAGAUUCGCCACUUUUCGGCUGGUUUGUUACCCAAACUGUUGUUUCUUCCCACUUUUCCUCGUCGGGGGUCACGCUAAACCCCUCAGCAUUAUUAAAGAAAACCCGAAGCGUUGCCCACGUGUAGCUGGUGGCUUGCUUCUUUUUUUUUUUUUUAAGGUAGUUUUUCAUCAAGAAACUGACAAAAAAAAACUCCCUCCCUUCACCCGGAGGCUUUUGAGGGUUGAAACUGAAAUGGAGCUACUUUUCUCCCAAACACUACAUGUUGUCUAAAGGGGAGCCAGGACGAAAACGUCGUGUUUGACCGGUUUCCAUACGGUUCCCCAACACUCGGCACCCACGAGGGAUGCUUCGACGAGCUUGAUGUGGAAAAGCAGAGUUGGAGCCUCCUCAGAGACUUCCUCGUGUCCAGCGGCUUAAUUGUUGACUUUUCUUUUUUUUUUUUUUUUCAAGUGGAUUCGUAGCAUACUUUUAUGAAUUAAAUUUUGCCACCGUUUGUACAGAAGCCAAAUGACACGUGUGUUUUGAAACACGGUUCCAAAUAUAUCCAGCCCUCAACCCGGAUUCUCGCUAGGAAGAGCCGGAGGGAGAUCGUCAGUGUCUCAAGAAACCUGAUUUUACUGUUUUACUGAACGUUCUCUGCUGCAGAAAUGUUGCUAUAGAUUGCUUUAUAACGGUUCAGCAAGAAGGGAGAUUUUCCAGCUUGCAGGACCUAGGAAACUGGAUACUUAAAGUCACUUAAAUGUUUUAACAGCAUUGGAAAAUGGGAGCUGCUACUAAGUUGGCGUUUGCUGUUUUUCUUAUCUCUUGUUCUUCAGGUGCCAUACUUGGCAGAUCAGAAACACAGGAGUGCAUCUACUACAACGCUAAUUGGGAAAAAGAUAAAACAAAUCGCAGUGGGAUUGAACCUUGUUACGGUGAUAAAGAUAAAAGGCGACACUGUUUUGCUACAUGGAAGAAUAUUUCUGGAUCAAUUGAAAUUGUGAAGCAAGGCUGCUGGCUAGAUGACAUCAAUUGUUAUGACAGGAAUGAUUGCAUAGAGAAGAAAGACAGCCCUGAAGUGUUUUUCUGCUGUUGUGAAGGCAACAUGUGCAACGAACGCUUCUUCUACUUUCCAGAAAUGGAGGUCACGCAACCAACUUCGAAUCCUGUCACACCCAAGCCACCUCUGUUCAACACCUUGCUUUAUUCGCUGGUGCCUAUCAUGGGAAUUGCAGUCAUUGUGCUCUUCUCCUUCUGGAUGUACAGACAUCACAAGCUGGCCUAUCCUCCAGUGCUCGUCCCGACCCAACACGCCUUUCAUAUAAUGAUUGAGGAUCCUGGGCCACCACCACCUUCCCCGUUGAUGGGUCUGAAGCCGUUGCAGUUGCUGGAGAUCAAAGCCCGGGGGAGAUUCGGGUGUGUGUGGAAAGCUCAGCUACUCAACGAGUACGUCGCCGUCAAAAUCUUCCCCAUUCAGGACAAGCAGUCGUGGCAGAACGAGUAUGAGAUCUACAGCUUACCCGGGAUGAAGCACGACAACAUCCUGCAGUUCAUCGGGGCGGAGAAACGGGGCACCAGCAUCGACGUCGAUCUCUGGUUGAUCACAGCAUUUCACGAAAAGGGUUCAUUAACAGACUUCCUGAAGGCUAACGUGGUUUCUUGGAACGAGCUGUGUCACAUUGCUCAGACCAUGGCUCGAGGCCUGGCCUAUCUCCACGAGGACAUUCCGGGCCUCAAAGAUGGGCAUAAACCUGCCAUCUCCCACAGGGACAUCAAAAGCAAGAACGUGCUGCUGAAAAAUAACCUGACAGCUUGUAUUGCUGAUUUUGGCCUGGCCUUAAAGUUUGAGGCUGGGAAGUCAGCAGGGGACACGCACGGACAGGUGGGUACCCGAAGGUACAUGGCUCCCGAGGUCCUAGAAGGUGCUAUCAACUUCCAAAGGGACGCCUUUCUGAGGAUAGACAUGUACGCCAUGGGCUUGGUCCUCUGGGAGCUGGCGUCGCGCUGCACGGCCGCCGACGGCCCGGUAGAUGAGUACAUGUUGCCAUUCGAAGAAGAAAUCGGGCAGCAUCCCUCCCUGGAGGACAUGCAGGAGGUUGUAGUUCACAAAAAGAAGAGACCCGUGUUAAGAGAGUGUUGGCAGAAACAUUCUGGGAUGGCGAUGCUGUGCGAGACCAUCGAGGAGUGCUGGGAUCACGACGCGGAGGCCAGGCUGUCGGCGGGUUGCGUGGAAGAGCGCAUCAUCCAGAUGCAAAAACUAACUAACAUUAUCACCACAGAGGACAUCGUGACUGUGGUCACCAUGGUGACAAACGUUGACUUUCCUCCCAAAGAAUCCAGUCUAUGAUAGUUGCACUGGUGACACAACUGCCCGCCGGGGACUCUCUGCACUGGAGCUGCUAACGCGGAGGCGCCGGGUCCGGUGGGGAAGGAGCAGGAAGUCUCUCUCCGGAAUUUCAUCGCCAGGUGAUUUUUCCUUCAUUUAUUAUUAUUUUUUUUUCUCCUUUCCCUCCUCCCCGAGAGGGAUCCGUCAGACUUUGUGCAUUCCCUGCUCACACCCCCAGGGUGGGGGGGGGGGGGGUGUCCCAGGAACGACACCGCGCCCCGAAAGGAACUGAAAAUGAAGAAUCCGGAGCCGCCCCGGCGUUAAUCGAAGCGUUUUAAAAACUGACAUCAGAUUUCUUAAAACCCCCCCCGUCGGAAGAGACUAAUUCCUUUAAAGGAACUACUGUUAUUUUUUUUAAAAUCAAACAUUUCAUUUCAGAUCGAAAACAAAAAAACAAACCACAGACAAACCAACAACAACAACAACAACAAAAAAAAGGGUAACUUGUUUUUAUUGCAUUUGCCGUUGUUUAUAAAAAUGACUCUUGUUAAUGCCAAUAUGACACAGCUUGUGAAUGUUGAGUGUGCUGCUCUUCGGUGUACAGAAACAAAAAGGAAAUAAUCCAGUGGGAUCUAGCAAAAAGAGGCUUCCAAGUAUUAACUUCAAACCUCCCUCAACAAGGUAUACCUCAGCUCCACCGCCGCCAAACCGCCCCCUCGACGACAACACUAAGGCAAUUGGAAUAAGAAACCCAGCCGUGUUUUGUAAAUGAUGUAUUUCAAAGUCACUGUGUUAUUUAAAAAAAGAAAAAAAAAGAAAGAAAAAAAAAAAAAAAAGGGUUAAGCUAUGCUUCAUGCCAACAGUAAAUGGCCAUUCCUAAAAGCAGUGUUUUUAGCCUUUUUCUUGUACUAGCUUGUUGUGUAUAAAAAAAAAAAAAAAAAAGAAGAAAGUGCUGUUUAUUGAAACAAAAAAUUUUUCCUUCCUCUUUGAGUUUAAAAGCUUUUUCUCUGACCUCCAUUUCCCAGAGUAUCCCAUCCCUUUAUUUAACUGAAUACUAUUUAGGUUUGCUGUGUCUGAGGAAUAUUUGAAAACUUAAGCAUGACUUUUUCUUUUUUUUUUUUAAAUUUUCUGUGAGCUCUGACACUGGAAAGCUCUGAAUUCUUGUUAGUUUUUUUUUUUUUUAAAAAACAAAAAGUCUUUUCUUUUCCUAUUUAUGUUUGUGCCCAGGUGUGCCUCGCGCCUGCUCUGUCCCACUAAGCAGUGGGUUCUGUGUCACUGUUUCAGGAUCACCUCAGGAAGCUCAGUUCUUUGUGUUUUUUACCCCAAAUUCUUUCCUUUCUGCUCCGAGAUUUCCCCCGGUGCCGUUUUAGCCGAGUCCUGAUUCGCGUCUGGGAGACGUUGGGUUAUCCCGGAAUCCUAUGGAAAUUUCUAGCCCCAGAUGCUAAAUCCUUACAGAUUUUCAGGGAUGCUUGAGUUCUGCUACAGCUCGGAAUAUGCCAUGACCAGCCCAAAUUCCAGAAAAUGAGGGAAAAGCAGUGAAAUGGCUUUCCCCACUCCGCUGCCUUAUCUGGGAGUGACAGAGCGGUUGGUUGGGGGGCAGGUGCCAAAGCGCUUCUCCCAGGUACCGUUUCGCCGCCUUCAUUGGAUCCUUUCCACAAAUUUCCAAGUAAAACUCCACUUGAUGACCCCGUAGAGCGCAGAACCCCCCGCUGAUGUGUCUCCUGCUCUGGCUUCUGGAGGUUUGUCUUUGGUUUUCCACCCCCUGCCUUCAACAAGAAGCUUUAAACUUUGCCAUUCGGAGCUCGCUGAGUGUUCCCUGGAUAAUGGAGCUGUAGAGGCAGGAGGGACCCUCGGUUCUACACCUGGAGGGAUCUCUGGGAUCAACCAGAGAGGAUGUGGGUAACAGGAGGAGGCUGUGGGCAGGGAGAGAGGAAGGCUCAGGUGGUGGUGGCUGGCUCCUGGUGCCCUCGGUGCCCAAGGAACCCUGCUCUGGAAAAAAACCCAAGAAAUCUUAAUUUUUGGCCAACUUCUUCUCUUGACACUUUGGUUUUGCUUCCAUUUUUUAAUCCCAGGCCAUGACUUCCCCAGCAGGACAGGGACGUAGCUCUGAGUUCUGAACAAAUGAGAUGGUUUCAUGACGUGUUACUCGUCCAAAAAUUGGUCGUGUGUGACCCGUGUGUCAUUGGGGUGUCACCCCUUGGACUUCAGGUUCUCCUGGUGACGUUGAGGGACUCUGGUGUCACCUGGACCCUUCACCCUGCAAAGGGCACCCGGGAGGGGGUGAUAACCCCCCCCACCUUCCAUAUCGUACUGCUUUAACAGUGUAAUUGAGCUGGUUUUAGCCUAAACGCUUUUUAAUUGGUAAAAAUACCCCCUCCCUGGAGCUGGUCUGGUCUCAACGCUUCUGGCCGGGCAUUUUGAGGUGUGUCUUUGUUUUUAGAGCAUUAAUUGUGGAGGUUGUGAGCGCUGUCCCAUGGUGUCCCAUGGUGGGGGUGUGAGCUCCACAGAGUCCCCUCCGAGGAACAUCCCAUCCCUUGCUCUGAACUUCAGCUGCCACAAGGCCCAGGACCGAGGCUUCUCCACCCCUCCAGAAGGUUUUUACUCCUUCCGUUGGGUUGGAGGGUGAGCCCUUUGUGCCCCACAUCCUUGGGGAGCAGGUGGAGUUGUUGGAGUAGCACCAUCAUCAGGGAUGGGACCCUGACACCCAACUCACCACUUCCUCCCUUCCCUCAGAUGUACAGAGCGGGUGUAACUUUCCAAAAAUCCCACUUUGGGUGGGGGAAUUGUACCCAUCAGCCAUCACACAGCUCCUGCUCCCAUCAGCAUUUGACAGAGGACAACAGCGUCACCAGUUUGCUCUUAUUUCUUUUUUUUUCAGCUUCUCCUUUUUUUUUUUUUAAACCCUUUUUGAAUCCAUUUCCUAGGAACACUUGGUACAAACCACAGGAAUAGCCCUCCCUGGGCAAACCCGUUGCCGUAGCAUCCUCCACGGGCCAUCUCUUACCUCAGAUACUCAACCAGCAGUACUUCUCUCUUUUUUUUUUUUUUUUUUUUUCCUUUUUCUCAUUUUUAUUUUUUUUUUAACGCCGUUUCAGUCCAUAGACUUCAUUCGUUACCUCUCCAGAUUUUUUGGUAAAGCGAUUAUUUUAACUUUUCCUCUUUGUAUUUUGUCAGUGUUUCGGGCACAGGUUGUUGUACUACUGUCAAAAGGUACUCGCUGGGGUUUUUUUUUCUGCAAGUACCGAAAACAAACCAACCCCUUCCCCUUCCCUCCCUCCCUUCCUCCCCCUCAAUAAAGUGAUUGUUAAAUAUUGUACAAAUAAAAAUGUAUACUCUCUCUCCCCUAUUCCCCCAGAAAGUUAAAAUAAAAAAUGUGACUACUA